AUGAUCAAGUCCUUUAUGGACUCUUUUCUUACCAGCAUAAAUGUGCGUAUUGACGGCGUAGUCAAGGAUGUCGCUCAAUUAAAAGCUAGUCUGGAGUUUAGUCAAAAGGACUUAACCGACCACGCCGAAAAGAUCAAGUCAAUCGAAGAUAACGUUUCUAAAAUCGAGGCAACGAUGAAGAAACAUAUCGAGAAGACCGUCUACUUAGAAAAUCAAAGUAGACGAAACAAUCUGCGCUUCGAAGGAUUACUAGAAGAUGACAAUGAAACAUGGGAUGAAACGGAAGCGAAAGUUUAA